UCUUGAGCAGAAACACGUCUCCAGAGUUGAGGGAGGCAGCCUGAGCCUGGACUUCGAUGGCUUUAGUGUUGAAGGCGUCGGUGCCGUGGAUCUGAAAGAGUCGGACAGGAGGCUCCUCUUCUGUGGCACUGCUGCGAGAGCCCUCAGCCCUCAGCCCUCAGCCCUCUGCCCUGUCUCUGCGCUGGACGACCCAAAAUGAGAGCCUCACUGCUGCUGCUGCUGCUGACUCUCGCCUGCCUCGCCAACACGCAACACCAAGCUCUCAUAGACUACCUGGAGAGAAGGCUUCUGGCUAUAGAGGACCGUAUCUCCCUGUGGCAGGAGCAGACGGCGCGUUACGCCUCAGAGCUGCGAGAGCUCAAGCUGCAGAUGGUGUCUCAGCUGGAGGCUCUGGACAAAGAGAAGGAAGGUCUGAGGAUCCACCUGGACUCUGUGGGGACCAGAGUGGACCGUGUGGAGCGAGAGCUGGACUAUCUGGAGACUCAGACUGGAGCACAGCCCUGUGUCGAUGUCGAUGACAAACUCAUCGAGCAACAAGUGUCUCUAGUGCAGGAGAAACAAAAGAACAAGUAUUAUCAGCUCUCAGACUGUGGUGACAUGAUCUCCAGCAUCAAAGCCAUGAAGAUCUUGAAGCGCGUGGGCGGGCCUAAGGGAGUCUGGACCAAAGACACAGGGCUUAACUCUGGUAAACUUUACAUUUUCAACAGCACAGACCAAGACAUUGUUUAUGAGUUCAGCUCUGUGCAAGACUUCACCCGCUCGUCCGGUUUAACUCUGUCCAAAAAACUCAAACUCCCCAUGGCUUUCAAAGGAACUGGCCAAGUCGUGUACAAGAAUUUUGCCUACUACGUGAGCCAAGAGGAAGAUAAAAUAGUUAAGUUUGAUUUGAGUAGCGCCAAGAUGACGGACAGUGCUAUCUUGCCAUUUCAAGACUACAUUCCUGUGUACACCUUAAAUUCAGAAACGCUCAUCGACUUGGCAGUGGAUGAGGAGGGGCUUUGGGCCAUCUAUGCCACGAGACAAAGUGACCAGUACAUUUCUUUGGCUAAAAUGGAUGUGAAAACUUUGGACAUAGAGCAGAUGUGGGAAUCGAACUGCCCGAGGGAGAAUGCAGAGGCGGGUUUUGUGAUCUGUGGGACUCUUUACGUGGUUUAUAACACACAGACGCCAGGCAGGUCCAGAGUGCAGUGUGUUUUCGACGUUAACGGACUCGUGAGCAGUGACGAAGCGCCGCUCGUAUAUUUCCCCAAACGGUAUGGAUCUCACGCCAGUCUCAAGUACAACCCACAGGAGGCACUGCUGUACGCAUGGGACGACGGGUACCAGAUCCUCUACAAACUGGAACUGAAGAAGAAACUAGAGAUAUAAAACUGUAUUACACAUCAAGUCAAUGAAACGUUCUGCAAAAUUAUGUGUGAAAAUUCUAUUGGAAGCAGUCUGAGAUUAUCAACAUUUCUGCAUUCAUUAAGUACAUUUAAAUAGAGUGAUUCUCAACCUGCAGUCCUGGACCUCCUGUAGAGGACAACAGGGCUAGCAGGAAGGACAUCUGUACACAAUCAUGAGCUUUAGUGCUAUGGUAAAGACCAGACUAGAUCUAAUACUCGGGACAGUCCCAGUUUUGAGCCGUGUCCCUGUCCCAGCAGAUUUAUACAAAAAACUGUGAUUUGUCUCAGUUUGAUUCAAGAAAUGUCCCUGGUGUCCAUAUUUUUGACCAGUCUGAUCCCCACUAACAGUGAAGUGAGGAAUUUAUUGUCAUUUGUUUAGUGAAAACACAGAAAAAAACAUCCUGAGCUGUCUCUCAGGUUAUAGGCUGAUUUAGAAGUGAAUUGAGAAUAGGCCCAGUGCAUUAUAGCACAAGUGUGUCCCAGUUUUUGAAAGUCUGGCCAGCCUGGUCAGUUCCAAUUUAACUGAGAAAGACAUUUCUGUCAAGUUAAAACUCAGUUGUAUUAUUUGCACCUACAGUGGUUACUGAGCCAAUUUUUGUUCAGUAAAAAUUCUGCUCUGUUUAGAUUCUGUUUCAGGACUUUGACUUUCUGAGCUGCAGCAGAGGCUAGCUGGCUAGCACCAGGACCUGUCUGACACAGCACAAAUAUGUCUGAAAUGAAAAACUACCAGGAUAUUUACAGAAGUGAAUAAAGUGAUUAAAUUACACUCUCCAAGUCUAGCUUUGAUUUUCUCUGUUUAACAGUUUUAAUAUGUUUAGAUAAACUAAAAUUAAGCAAUAUACAAUUCAAGAUUUAGCUUUGUGAACCUCAAAUAUUAGGUCUUUGAUCAGUGUAAAAAGUACGUGACUUCUUAGUCUUGGCAAGUAGCCAAUGGUUAAAUGAUGCUUAGCUGUAAUGAUGAAGGGACCAAAAUGUGAUGUGGCAGAAAUGAUCUUAUAAUAGAUGCAUGGGAAGAAGUCAAAUCAUACAUCACUAUAAUUAGCCUUUAUUUGUUACUUCGCUGACCCCUUGUGGCCACAGCACUUCUUUCUAUAUGUCAAAAACCUUGAAUUGACCUGAUUGUUCAGACAUUUACCAGACAUUUUACAG